AUGGAUGCCUAUGCUCCCCUCCGCCCCCAGCCAACCCUGCGCGAGCAAGUCUGGCGCGAGGCCCUGCCCGUUAAGCCCGGCCGUCCGGUGCUGUUCCCCUAUGUCGAGGGCUCCUGGGUGCGCGGCUCUUGGUCGCCCGACGACGAGUGGUAUGCCGAGGCCGACGGCUGGGACAACUUGACGUCGCGAUUCACCACGUCUUCGGCGUCGGACAUCGCCGUCAACAACACCCCGCUGCUCGACGUCAACCGCGAGGCCCGGCGCGUCGCGGUCGCAUGGGCCCGGAAGAGGGGAUAUACAGUUGGGUGCCGAGGCGGCGACGGCAUGACGACGACAACGACGACGACGACGGUGACCGAUGCCAACCAUGAUGUUGACAUCCCGGGGGCGUUGGUCAUCACGCGCCCCGUCGAUCCGUCCCACGACGCCAUCUACAUCCCGACGGCCGAGGUCGGCGACAACUUCGUCAAUGCGCCGUGGAACCUCUGGACCGGGACGGGCGGUGACGGCUUUCAGAUCGAUUCGCGUCUGGUGGCCGUUGCCCUACCCCGGGCGCUCUUCAGCGGCGACAACGACGUUCUGCUUUUCGGGCUCGACCUGCCCCAGUGGCGUUUGCGCCUCUUGUACGACCCGCAGCCAGACGUGUGGUCUGGGAGCUGGGAGCUCCGAGACAACACCAUAUACGAUCCCGGCUCCUUCUGCUGGGACAGCGCCCGUCGCGUUUUCGUCUAUCCAGAGCCGGUGCUAAGUGGUGCCGGGGAGGAUAUGUAUAAAGCGGUUCAUGGUGUAGCCGAGAUGCUAGGCGCCGAGGAGGCUUUUAGAUUCUCCAGCGUCAAACCCGACUUUGAGAUACGGCUGGCUCAUGCUAUCAAAAGGUCAUAG